GGAACCCCGCCCUCCACUUGUUCCUGUUAUGUUACUUUCAGUUUUCCUGAGGCUUCCGUGUACUUCGCCUUGAGCGCUUGUUGUAAUUUAAUUGUGGCAACACUUCCAGCAAGCAUGGCCAGUGGAACUGUAUUUGUCAUCCCCUCUAAUGGAGCAAACAUAAUCCAAAUGGCUCCUGGAUUGCCCAGUGUUGCUCUUCAGGCAUCUGGAACAACUCCAUAUCCUCAGUAUGGAGCUCAGCAACUUGGGAUUUCCACCAGUGCUCCUCAACAAGUCCCACAAAAGGGUCCUUUGGAGAGAUUCCUGAAGGCUGAGCCCAAAGUGCUUGGGGCCAUCCAGAUCAUGAUUGGGCUGAUCCACAUUGGCUUUGGGGCUGUCUCGCUUUGUCUCUUUCCUUUUUACUAUCUUACCUUGUCUGGAAUUGGAGGUUACCCCUUUUGGGGAGGGAUAUUUUUCAUUUCUUCUGGGUCAGUAUGUAUAGCAGCUGCGAACCGUCCAAAUCGUGCUUUGGUGAAAUCUAGCGUAGGAUUGAACAUCACAAGUGCUAUCAUGGCAUUAACUGGUAUCAUCCUGUACCUAUGCGAACUGAUCUUCAGCAAUAAUUUUUGGAGAUAUGAUCAACAAUAUUACACUGACAAUUUAAUUGAUGCUGCAGAGAGGCUACGGAGUGUCGGUUAUGGCCUAUCCAGUGUGCUGCUCCUGUUCAGCUUGUUGGAAUUUUGCAUCGCUGUUUCACUGGCUCACUUUGGGUGCCAGACAGCUUGCUGUAGUGAUGCCCAGCCAACCAUGCUUUUUGUGCCUUACCAAGUCAUCGGAGGUGAAGAAGUUGCAGCUGAACCAAAUCCUCCUCCACCGACUUACGAUAACGUGGUUACCAAAUCUCAGUAAAACAAGAAGGAAACAUGAGAAUUGUUGGCAACAGAGGUUUCAGGAGAAGCAAUCCCAUGACCAUGAGGAGGCUGCUACCUGUGAAGACUGGUCAUGUGUCACCUUUUUUGUAAUUUUGUCACUAAACUGUAGCUACCUGCAAUAGUGUUUGCAUAAUCACUGUGAUCCCAAAACAGAAGUCUGCAUAUAACUAGAGUCUUCCAUAUUGUUAGGGCAUUUAAGCUGAUUAAAAAGACAGAUUCCAUCAAAA